UGGGGCUAUCUGUCUCGAGACUUCAAAAACAUUACAUGUGUUUGGUUUACUUUUGCUCUGUUCUCCCCGAUCACCACCUCGGAGGAACAUUAUUUGGUUGUCUUUUGACAGUUUAACGAACAAACUUGACUUAGUCCGUUAUUUCGUUUCAAAUGACUUCGGUUCCUUGUCCCAAUUGUUGACCCAUUUUACGCCGCCGCAGUGCUUAAUGCUACAUCAUCGAGUGUCCGGCGGGAUCUUGUGAUCCACCAACUGACUGCUAAUUCCCUGUGGCCAAUAACUUGUGCCCUGGCAUCCUUGUACCCUCAUGCGUCUGUGAUAUGGGAGAAUGGUGGACAACCAUGCCAGGAGACACUUCUAUGGGAGCCGAUGAGAUCUCCAGCAUAUCACUUGUGACGAUGUCUCCGUCAAGGCAGAACAAUCUCGUGUCACUGCAGCCUAUGUCCAGGAACUGUCGCAAUCCACUCCCUGUCUUUUGCACAGAUGACAACAUCUCACAGUGCGUCUCCUACAUCAAUCAGGAGCUUUCCUCUCUGGGUCUCUCCUCAUACAUGGAGCAAAGCUCAGCAGGGCCCGCCGGCCUGAGUGCGGUGCCCGCUUUGAACGCAGCUUUCGAGCUGCUGCAGGUCCACAGGCACACCAUGGCCACUUUAGAGGAGCUCGAGAGAGAGCAGCUCAAGAAGUCCAGCACCUUGGAUCACAUGCAGAUGAGCAAUUCACGGCUGAAGGAUCAACUUGAGCUAUCCAUUCGAGAGAAAUCGGGUUUACAUGAGACAGAAAGGCAGCUCCAACUCAAAAUCAAGACUCUGCAAAGCUGCCUAAAGACGGAGAAAGAUGAGGUUCAGAAGCUCCAGAGUAUAGUUGCCAGCCGUGCAUCGCAGUACAGCCAUGACGGCAAGAGGAAAGAGAGAGAGUUGGCCAAGCUCAAGGAGCGCCUCAGUCAGCUACUUGUGGACAGAAGAGAUAAAAAAUUGGCUAUUGACGUGCUAAACUGCCUCGGACGAGCAGACGGCAAAAGGAGCCACUGGAAAACAACCAAAGUCGCAGCCAGCCACGAAGGGCAGAUGUACAAGUCUAUGUUGCGUGAGUACGAGGCCAGCCAGCAGUCGCUUAUGCUGGAGAAUGCAGAGCUGAAGAAGGUCCUUCAGCAGAUGAAAAAGGAAAUGAUACACUUGCUGAGUCCACACAACGCGCCGUGCAGAGGAGCAAGCACUGAUGACAGCCAGGAGAGGUUGGAUUCUGAUGGGGAGGAGACGACGGGCAACACCAGCAGAGAACUACUCGACCCUUCAUGUGACCCAGCGAGGGAGCAGCUCACCAACAGCAUUCGCCAGCAGUGGAGGAAAGUGAAGAGCCACAUGGAGAAGUUGGACCACCAAGUUCAAAAUCACGUGGAGUCGAGUAAGGAGUUGAUCCCGAGAGAAACCCACGAGGACGAGAUGGAGAGGUUGAGGCGCGAAGUGCAGCAGUGCAAGGAGUUCAUUCACACUCAGCAGCAACUCCUCCAGCAACAACCGCACGCAUCAUUCGACGACGAGACAGCCGAGUUCCUCAGUGACUGCUACACCCUGGAAGAGAAGGAGCGGCUCAAGGAAGAGUGGAGGCUCUUUGAGGAGCAGAAAAGGAACUUUGAGAAGGAGAGAAAGUACUUUACCGAGGCCGCCAUCCGCCUCUGUCGAGAAAAAAAGGCUUUUGAGGAGGAUCGUGCAUCAUGGCUGAAGAGUCAGUUUUUAAACAUGACGCCCUUUGCCAACCGUAGUAGAUGCUCCUCGGCUGAUGGUUAUAGUGCCCUAUCGAUCAGUAGUGAGCCAGAGUCAAGGAAGUCUUCUGCAAAAAGCCUUUCCUCCAAAUCUCCAAACUAUUCAUCGUUCUCUACUCCUAAGCCUGCUCCUUCUCAAAGCACCACGGUACCAUCCUCAAACAAACUUGACCGGACAUUCCGCCCUAAUCCAGACACCAGUUCCUCUGGGUGCUCAAAUCGAGGACGCUUGCGGGAGACCUGCAGCACCACGGAUGACAGAGACUCACGGGUCAUGGCCAAAAACGGAGUCUACAGUGAAGACUUAAGUAUCUUCUUUCUCAGAGAUGAUGAGAACAGCCUCAACUAAAAGACCCAAUCAGUCCAUGUGCCUCCUUUCAAUGUGGUUGAUGAACUCUUAUUUAUAAAUAUAUUUUUUGAACAAAUAUACCGAUCAGUCGCCAAAUGAAUAAGCAAGCACUUUAAAAAAAAAAAUGAAGCGCUGAACGGAGAAAGUCAGAGAAUUUUACAAAGUACUGCGAUGACAAUUUUUUUUCACUCAUUAAAUUGAAGUCCUGUUUCACUUAAAUAAAUGUCUGUGAGAUUUAAUUAUUUUACUUGUGUAAUAUCUGCUGUUUACUAAUAAAUAAAUUAAGAGAAAUUUUA